AUGGCUCCCUCGACUACCCUUUCAGAAACGACAGACUCGCAUACACCAGCAGCGAAACGUCCUGCAAUGUCCCUUCUUCCUGCCUUCGAGCCUCUCUCCUCCUCGCCGGCACUACCGAGACCGCUGAAGCGUAGCCGAGAGAUCUUCGAGCCCGCGACAUAUCCCACGCCCGUCCCUACUUCUUCUACUCAUAUCCUCUCGUCGUCACCUUCUCGCAUUCCGAAUGCAGGAGUUGAUCCUGCAAGACCUUCUUCGACUCUAUCAGAACGUACACCGCUUGGUACGGUUCCCUCAAUUCAGCUGAGUGUUGAAGGCAAGGUCACGCGUAUGGGAAGGUCGAGUGCUUCUUGUAACUACCAACUUUCUGCAAACCGCUUGAUCUCUCGCGUCCACGUUGAAGCCUGCUAUAAAGGUGCCAGUUCGCGCCUCGAACGUGAGCGUGUCGAGAUAACAUGUACGGGCUGGAACGGCAUCAAAAUACAUUGCAAGGGUCGGGUAUAUGAGGUCAAGAAGGGAGAAACUUUUUCGUCUGAUGUCCGGGAUGCCGAGAUUAUGGUCGAUGUGCACGACAGUCGUGUGGUUAUCCAGUGGCCUCCAAAGCAACGUCUGGGUGCUAUUUCAUCCGACGAGGAAGAUGAGGAAGCGUCCCCAACCAAACGACAACGAGUAAUGCUUCGCCAUUCAACCCCUCCCAGCCCUAGUCCUUUGCAGACUCGACGUCAGCCUGUAUCGCCUGUCUCACCGUCACCGGCUGUUCAAGCACUGUUACCAUCGUCUCCACCCCUUGGUACUAGCCGAAUUCUUGAGACUGUCGAGAUAUAUGAAGACCCAGAACCUGCCCAAGAGACCAACAACACCGUCGAUGCUGCACAGGUAUCACAAGCGACCCAAGCACUGACAGAAAGUGUCCAGAAUCCCACGAUCAAUCAAACCGCCGUCUCUAGCAUAAGCGAAGACUUUUCUGAUAAUGAUGAAGAAAACGACCCCAUCAUCCAUUCAUUUGGACCUUUCGGUGCAAAUCUACUGCCCCGAAUGGCAUCUUUUACUGCAGGGGAUUCCCCCACCCCGGCCGAUUCCAACAAAAGUUCCCGGUCGUCGCACACGGAACCUUUGCAUCCAAAUCCAGGCCCAGCAGUAAUCAAGAAAGAAUUGCCAAAAGUUGAUAUCAGGGGACACAUCAUCAACCAACUUGCGUUUUCAAGAUUGUCAUCCACGCCGUGGUCGAUCAUCUUGAGCCACUUGCCAUCUGAAGCAGGAUCGUUGUCAAUUAACGAAAUCAAGCAGGCAGUCAGAGAAACCCCAUGUAUUGGCGAGGUCGCGAGAGAAGGUAAAGAUGCUGCGGGCAAGCCACUGGAGAGUGAAUUAUAUUACAUCCCUGAUCUCGACGAAGAUGAAAAGAGGAGGGAAGCUGUUGUCAAUGAUCUAAGAAAACCAGGACUUCGAGCGUGUCGCAAGCAGCAUAAACAAUACUUUUGGCGCAAACCGAAAUAG